AUGUCUCUGCUGAUCACGGAGCCUAUGAUGGCUUCAACGAUGCCAAAGAUUGCUUCAUUCAGCCCGGACGGACCCAAUAUGGAAAAAGAAUAUGCCGCUAAUAACAAUGAUCCUGUAACAUACCAUCCGGACAAAUUUGACGCGAACAUCCAAGGAGCUGUCGUGUCCUGUUACGAAUUGGGUUGCAUGAUUGGUUCCGCAUUUGUAUUGUUCAAAGGUGAUAAAAUGGGUCGCCGUUGGUGUGUGGUUAUCGGUUCUAUUAUUAUGAUUAUUGGCACUGUUGUCAUGGUUGUCCAUGACACUUUGCCAUCCUUUGUUGUUGGUCGUGUUGUUGCUGGUAUCGGCAAUGGUCUUAAUACUGCUACUAUCCCUAUGCUUCAGUCUGAGCUUUCAAGGCCGCAGUAUCGUGGUCUUCUCGUGUUCAUUGAAGGUGCUUUGCUGGCAGGUGGUGUAAUGGUUUCGUAUUGGAUUGACUUUGGUUUCUAUUUCUUGAAAUUCAACUCUGUCCAAUGGCGCUUCCCUAUUGCAUUCCAGAUUGUGUUUGCAUUGAUUCUUCUGGUUGGUGUACUCGUGAUGCCAGAAUCGCCACGUUGGCUUGUCAAGGUUGAUCGUCUGGAAGACGCGAACCGAGUUCUCGCUCAGUUAUAUGACACUGAAAUGGAUGAUCCAGUGGUAAAGCAAGAACUUCACACUUUGACCGAUUCGAUUCGCAAAGUUGAGGCUAACCUGGGUCCGUUCAAAUACAGCGAAUUGGGAACGAAUGGUCCACACCAAAACUUGUAUCGACUUAUUUUGGGUUGCGGCUCCCAGGCUAUGCAACAGUGGACGGGUAUUAAUAACCUGACGUAUUAUGCAAGCACUGUAUUCAAGAUGGUCCAAUCAGACGAUGUCGCAAGUCGUGCAUUGGUUGGUGGUAGUGGUAUUCUGUACUUCCUUGCCGCCGCCUGUGCCGUGUUUUUCAUUGACAUUGCGGGUCGGCGCAUGCUUAUGAUUUGGUGUGCUUUUGGCAUGAUGCUUUGCUUUGCUAUUAUUGCUGGUAUGGUGGAGAAAGUCAAGCACCCGGAAGGUGACUCGCCUGACCAGACGGACAAGUACGGCAAGGUGGCUGAAGCUUUUAUUUACCUGUACUUCAUCCCAUGGUCUCUUGGCUGGCUUGGUAUGACGUGGCUUUACCCAGCAGAAAUUAAUCCCAUUCGUACUCGGGCUCCGGCUACGGCACUGUCCACAUGCACGAACUGGCUCAUGAACUUCACUGUCGUCAUGAUUUCCCCUCCAGCGUUCGAGAACUUGGGGGGUCAUACAUUCACGAUGUUUGGUGCUUUUAAUUUGAUCUUCAUGCCAAUUGUUUACAUGUUUUACCCAGAGACGAAACGUCGUGGUCUUGAGGAAAUGGACUUGUUCUUUGCAGAUGCGCAUCAAGAAGGCUUCUGGAAAGCUAGUCGCUUCCAAACAACUGCUGUUUACUUGUCUGUGACGCGUCCGUACCUGUCUUCGGAAGAACUUGAUGCGAUUCUUUCCCAGCGAACGGAUCUAGGUGGUGGUCCAUCAGAACCACAUGGUCAACAAGGUCCGCACAAGAGUGAGCUGGAUGCAGUUGAUCCCGUGGAAGAGGGUCUGGAAGAGCCUCCAAAGGACGCACUUCCAAAACGGAAAGAAACGGCUGCUGAAUCGGCGGCCCCGUACGCAGGUGUACCUUUCGCGUUGUAA